UGACUAAAUAAAUGAGGUUGUUGUGGCAAAAACAAAUUAACAAAGAUAAAAUCAAUUUUGAUUCUGCUGUAGUUUGCUCAUUACAUUUCAAACCGUAUCAUUAUAAUCUUUCAAAAAAACAUUCUACCAAUAAAAACUAUGCUCGUUUACUUAAAGAUGAUGCAAUACCUUUGAAUUCUUAUGGAGUAGAUUUCUAUGACUUGCCUAUACGCAGAACAUUUACUCCUGGUACUCCUGUUUCGACAGAAUUAUGGACUCCAGCUGGAAGGUUUUCUGUAGAAAUUUUGCCUGCUGAAAACAUAUCAGAAACAUCAAAAAAAUGCUGUGUUAGAUUAUUUAAUGAUGAACAUGAUUUAGGUCUGGGUGUUAAGCCUCUUACAAGUGAUGAUGAUUUGAUUUUAAGAUCAAUUUAUCCAGUCUUGUAAAGUAUUGGAUCAUAUGGAAGAUAUUGGAUCAUCAUGAUACCUAAAUAUUAUUGUUAUAGACUGUAGUUAUUGUUAUUACUAAUUACUAUUAUUGUUAUUGUUAUUAUUAAUAUAUGUGUUAGUUAUUUAUAUGUUAGAUAUUUAUAUGUUAGAUAUUUAUAUGUUAGUUAUUUACAUGUUAGUUACUUAGAUCAAUUAAGAAAACAUACUUGUGUGUAAUUAACUGAAUUAACCAAUAAGUGGUGUAUUGAUAUCAAUAAAAAAAUGUAUAUUACUUAAAAUUGUGUAAUUUAUUAUAAUAUUAGAUUAAAAGAUGAUGUUCAAAAACUGAAAGAAGAAAAUGAAUGUCUUCUAAUUAAAAAUAAAUGGUACCAGGAUUUUAUUGAUACAGAAUGUAAUCGCUUUGAAAGUAAAUUUGGUGAAAUUUUAUCAAAACUUUUCACACCAACCCAAAUUGAUUUAAUACUAAAUCCUAAAAAAAAAGUAUACCGUUGGACACCCGAAGAUAUAUCGUCAGCAAUUACUUUAAGGAGCAUUUCUCCAAAAUCAUAUCGCUACAUGAUAAAAAAAAAAUUCCCAUUGCCAGGUGAAAUUAUUCAUUGAGCUAUAUAUUUUAUUUUCACUUUUCUAAAUAUAAACCAAUGGUCCAAUUAUGUUAUAGCUCUAUCCACACUCAGAAGAUGGGUUUCUAAUUUUUCAAUUGAAGAGGGUAUUUUGACAUCUGUUUUAUUUCUCAUGAAAGCAAAAGGUGUAUAUUUUUAAUUUUUAUUGAGCUAUAUCAUAAUUUUAUAAAUGUUCAAACAAACUUAAUUAUGUUUAAUAGCUGAACUUAUGAGUACUUUUGAUAAAUUAACAGUCAUUAGUUUUGAUGAAACAUAUGUCUCAAGUAGAAUUUGUUUCGAGAAAAAAAAUGAACGGGUGAUUGGACCACACAAAUGUGUGCAAACUGUAAUGGCUAGAGGUACUUACUUUUUUUAUUAUUUUAUUUUGUAUAAUAGUUGAUAUAUUAUAUGUUUGAGCAAAAUUAUAUGAAAAGGUUUAGUAAGCGAUUGGAAGCAACCAAUAUUUUAUGACUUUGAUACAAAAGUAACAAAAGAGCUAUUAUAUUAUAUAAUUGAGAAGUUAUACAGUAUUGGAUUCAAUGUACUUUCAAUGGUGAGUGACAUGGGGUCUUCCAAUGUCGGUUUAUGGAAAAGUUUAGAUGUGUCGACAGAAAAGACUUCUUUUGAACAUCCUAUAACUAGAAGUAAUGUAUAUGUUUUUGCGGAUCCUCCACAUUUGUUGAAGUUGGCUCGUAAUCACUUAUUGGAUAAGUGAGUAGUUCACACUUCAUUUUUUAUUGUAUAAAUUGAAAAUUAUUAAAAUAUUAUAUUUUGUAGAGGAUAUAUACUCAGAAAUGGACAUUUUAUUGGGAAAAAUAUUUUUGAAUUGUUAUUAAAUUUAAAUACUGGACAUGACUAUAAGUUAGCAUAUAAACUCGGUGAAAGGCAUCUAACUGUACAAGGAACUGGUCGUAUGAAUGUGAAAUUGGCAGCACAAAUUUUUUCCAACACAGUUGCUAAAGCUAUUUCCUUCUGUGGAGAAAGACAUUAUAUGAACAAUUUAAACUGGGAAGAAGCAAGUAUUAUUUUUCCACUUACUUGUGUUAAUAACAAAAUUGUUUACAUUUAAAUAACAGGCAUCACAAGUAGUUUUAUUGUUCAAUGACUGGUUCGACCUCUUUAACACCCAACAUAAAUAUGACAAUGGGGUACCAAGUUAUGGUUUAAAUGAAAACGUACAAAAUGAAUUACUUGACAGGAUGACAGAGUUCAUUGAAUCAAUGAGAGUGCAUGGUAAAAGAUCAUUACUACCUUUUCAAAAGGGAAUAAUUAUAUGCAAUACAUCUUUGAAAAAAUUGUUACUUGAUUUAAAAAAACAGUAUGCAUUAGAAUACAUUUUAACCAGGAAAUUAAAUACAGAUGGCCUGGAAAAUUUGUUUAGUUUCUUGAAGGGCAUGGCUGGAAGUGCUUGUAAUAACAUCACAUCUUUAGAUUUCAAAUAUUGCCUAAGAUGGUACAUAUUAGGCAAGCAUUCCAAUAUUAUAUUCACUGAAAACACUAAUACACAAUGUAGUAUGGAA